AUGUCGACUGCUUUGGAGUUGAACAAUCCAUUCAGUAAUAAGGAACUGAAAAAAAUAUACAGUAUAGAAUUUGGAGUACUAUCUCCUGAUUUGAUCCGUCGCUAUUCAGUUUUGGAGGUAACUAUAUCAGAUUUAUAUGAGAAUGGGAAACCUAAAUCUGGGGGUCUAAAUGAUCCUUUGAUGGGAACUAUUGAUUAUCACGUUUUGUGUGAGACAUGCCAUAUGGAUAUAAAAACGUGCCCAGGUCACUUUGCUCACAUAGAACUGGGCAAACCAAUGUUUCAUAUUGGCUUUGUAAGUGUAGUAUUGAAGAUUCUGCGCUGUGUAUGUUUUGCGUGUUCCAAAUUAUUUAUAGAUCCUAUGGAUCCUAAAUUCAAGGUUAUACAGAAGACACGAAAUCCUCACUUGCGACUCCAGAGGCUUGUAGAAAUUAGUAAAACAUAUUCAAGAUGUGUCAUAUCUAGUGAUGGUUCUGGAUGUGGAUUUGUUCAACCACAGAUAUCCAAGGAUGGAUAUAAUUUGUACAUUAGACAACACGAAGAAAGUCGCAAUAUGGAUGAUGAAUCUACUGACUCUCGCAGAAUGCUCAGCGCCGAAGAAGUCUUAAAUAUAUUUAAGAGGAUAACAGAUGAAGAUAUGAAGUUACUUGGGUUUGAUCCAAAACGUUGUAAUCCAUGCUGGUUUGUUACUACUAUACUACCUAUUCCUCCACCAGCAGUACGACCCUACGUGCAGUUUGGAAGUGAUAGAAGUGAAGAUGACUUGACUCUCAAAUUACAGCAAAUCGUGAAGCUUAAUGAGAAUUUGAAAAGACAAAUUAGGCUAGGAUCUCCAGAUCAUAUUUUAAAUGAAAUGAUUGCAGUAUUACAAUACCAUCUGGUAACUCUCGUAAACAACGAUCUACCAGGUUUACCUCAAUCUAGGACACGAAGUAAUAGACCUAUAAAAUCUCUUAGAGCUAGGCUAAAAGGAAAAGAUGGUAGAAUUAGAGGUAAUCUGAUGGGUAAAAGGGUGGAUUUUUCUGCUAGAACUGUUAUUACUGGAGAUCCAAACUUAUCUGUGGAUCAGGUAGGAGUCCCAUAUUCAAUAGCUAUGACAUUGACAUAUCCCGAAAUUGUAACUCCUUACAACAUUGAAGAGCUGAAGGAAUUAGUUGAAAGAGGGCCAUAUGAAUGGCCAGGAGCAACAAGUAUUGUUCAAGAUGAUGGGACAAAAAUAGACUUACGAUUCUGCAACAGAAGCAAUAAUAAUGCAAAUUGUGUUUUACAAUAUGGUUGGAAAGUUGAACGUCAUAUGAAAAAUGAUGACUUGGUUUUAUUUAAUAGACAACCAAGUUUACAUAAGAUGAGUAUUAUGGGGCAUAGGGUGAAGAUCUUGCCAUAUUCAACCUUUAGAUUAAAUCUUUCAGUUACAUCACCUUAUAAUGCAGAUUUCGAUGGUGAUGAGAUGAACUUGCAUUUAGCUCAAUCCUAUGAGACGCGUUCUGAAAUUAAGCAUCUAAUGAUGGUUCCCAAACAAAUUGUUUCUCCUCAAGGAAAUCGACCAGUCAUCGGUAUAGUUCAGGAUUCUUUAUUGGGACUUUUUCUAUUAACUAGAAAGUCUACAUUUUUAACAAAAGAUAGAUUUUUGCAGUUAUUGCUCUGUAUUCCAUACUGGAAUGGUAUUAUUCCUCCACCUGCAAUUUUAAGGCCUCAACCACUAUGGACUGGUAAGCAAAUCAUCACCGUACUCUUAACUUUUACUACAGACUUAGGAGAACCAAUAGAACUAAAUUUAAUGAGGGAUGGUAGUAUUGUUAAUAUUAGAUCAUCAAAUACUUCUGGAAACAAGAGCGAGAACAAAGAUGAAGCCAAAGAAACCAUUAUAAAUAAUCCUUGGAUUUCGGAAUAUGAUAAUCAGGUUCUCAUCCAACAAGGAGAACAUAUCUGCGGUAUUAUAACUAAGAAGAUUGCUGGAUCUUCCUCUGGAUCACUAAUUCAUAUUUUGUGGAAUGAGAUAGGGCCUGAAAAGACGGGACUUUUCUUAACUUAUACUCAAAUGGUUGUAAAUACUUGGCUUCUAGAACAUGGUUUCACUGUUGGAUGUCAAGAUAUCCAACCCUUAAACUUUACUUUAGAGAAGAUUAUGACAUCCCUGGAAAAUUCCAAACUCCAUGUACAGCAGAUAAUUAGAAGGGCUCAAAAAGGUCAGUUAGACUGUCAACCUGGUAAAAGUUUGGUUGAAUCUUUUGAAGCUCAGGUCAAUCAAGAACUUAACAGUGCUCGUGAAAUGUCAGGAAUAAUUGCAACUGAGAAUUUGGAUCCAUCUAAAAAUAAUAUGAUUGCCAUGGUACAAUGUGGAAGUAAAGGUUCUACUAUUAAUAUAUCUCAGAUUAUGGCCUGUGUGGGUCAGCAAAAUGUAGAGGGCAAACGAAUUCCUUUUGGUUUUAGGGACAGGAGUUUACCUCAUUUCCUCAAAUAUGACUAUGGCCCAGAAAGUAGAGGAUUUGUAUCUAACUCUUAUUUAUCUGGUUUGACACCUCAGGAAGUAUUCUUUCAUGCUAUGGGAGGUAGAGAGGGUAUUAUUGAUACAGCUUGUAAGACAUCUGAGACUGGUUAUAUUCAGAGGAGACUUAUUAAAGCUAUGGAAGAUUGUAUGGUUCAGUAUGAUCGUACAGUUCGAAAUUGCUGUGGUGAUAUCAUUCAAUUUUUAUAUGGAGAAGAUGGUAUGGCAGGAGAAUUUAUUGAGGACCAGGUAAUAGAGCUAUUACAAAUGGACCCUUCUGUAUUUCAACAUAAGUACAGGCACAAUAUGGAACACCCCCGUUGGGGCUCUAACUGGCAAGGAGUGUCUUCAAAUACAAUAAAGAAUUUACAGUUUGAUCUUGAGUCUCAGAAUAUACUUAACACAGAAUAUAAGCAACUCGUUUUAGAUAGAGAACUACUAGGACAAGAUAUUUUUCCAGAUGGUGAAACCAGGCAACAUCUACCAAUAAAUAUUGGAAGAAUUAUACAAAUGGCUCAACAAAAAUUUCCAAGGUAUAAUGUUGAUGAUGAUUCUGGCAGAUUUGAAUGGGGACCUGUAACUAUAAUUAAGCAAGUAGAAGGAUUAUUGGAUAAGUUACUCUUAUGGAAGAAUAUGUCUACAAAAGACAACUUGGAUAAUCCUAAGUUACCUCCAACAUUUGAUAACAUUAUAGCUGAAGUUCAAAAGAAUGCUACUACUCUUUUAGGAAUUCAUAUUAGAAGUGCUUUAGCUAGUAAGAAGAUUUUAGAAAUUGAUAGACUGGGUCCUACUGCUUUUGAAUGGGUUAUAGGUGAAAUUCAACAUCAAUUUUAUCGAAGUUUAGCACAUUCCGGAGAAAUGGUUGGAACAAUAGCAGCUCAAUCUAUUGGAGAACCUGCAACACAGAUGACUCUUAAUACUUUUCACUUUGCUGGUGUAGGCUCGAAAAAUGUAACAUUGGGUGUCCCGAGACUAAGAGAGCUUAUAAAUGUUGCUAAAAAUGUACGUACUCCUACUCUAACUAUUUAUCUUGAAAAUAGUAUUGCUAAUGAUCAAGAACAUGCUAAGGAUGUAUUAACACUUUUGGAGCACACUACUUUGGAAAAUAUUACAACUAUGGCCCAUAUUCUUUAUGAUCCUAAAUUUGAUGAAACUAUUGUAGAGGCAGAUAAACAAUGGGUUAGUGAUUACUAUGAAUUUCCAGAUGAUGUUGAUAUAAAAAGCCGAUUAGGUACUUGGCUACUCAGGAUACAGUUAAAUAGCAAACUUGUAACUGAUAAAAAACUUUCUAUGAAGGAAAUAGGAGAUAAGAUUUUAAUGGAAUUUAGUAAUGAUGAAUUAGACUGUAUAUGGACAGAUGACAAUUCAGAUGAAUUGGUUUUACGCUUAAGAAUUAAAAAUCUUGAACCUACUAAUUCUGGAACUCAAGAUACUGUUAUGAACUCUGAAUUCCAAAUAGAUGACGGACAUUAUCAACCUCCUACUCCUCCCGUGGUAGAGGAGCAUAAGUUCCUUGAAAAACUGAUGACAGAAUGCCUUUCACAAAUAACAUUGCGUGGGAUAUCUAAUAUUAAGAAAGUAUAUAUGAAAGAAGAGCAAGUAACUAGAUAUGAUAUACUAAGUCAAAAGAUAGUUAGAGAUAACCAGUGGGUUCUUGAUACUGAUGGAUGCAAUUUAGAAGCUGUAUUAUGUCAUGAGGCAAUAGAUAGCACUAGAACUAUAUCUAAUGAUAUUACUGAGGUAUUCAGUGUUUUGGGAAUUGAGGCUGUUCGUAGAGCCUUGCUUAAAGAGUUGAGGACUGUCAUCUCUUUUGAUGGAAGUUACGUAAACUAUCGUCAUCUAGCUCUACUAUGCGACAAUAUGACGCAGAAAGGUCACCUAAUGAGUAUUACAAGACAUGGGAUGAAUAGAGUUGACAGGGGUCCUUUACAAAAGUGCAGUUUUGAGGAGACUGUAGAAAUACUCAUGGAUGCUGCUAUGUUUGGCGAGACAGAUUACUUAAAUGGAGUAAGUGAGAAUGUAAUGGUUGGGCAACUUUCACCUUAUGGUACAGCCUGUUUCGAUUUAUUGGUAGACUCUGAUAAACUUAGAGACACUGCUACACAUUUAGAUAUUCAUGGGAAUUCCCAAAAGAGUGGUUUUAUUUCAGAUAUAUCUCAGGCUUCAACUGGAGUAUUUUCUACUAACAAGGGAUAUAAUAGUGGGACAUUUGAUUCACCAAUGUCACCUCUUUCACCAAUGUCACCUCUCUAUUCAACACAUGAACCCAUGUCACCUAUGAUAUCUGGGCAGUUUUCUCCAGUUCAAAUGACCCCAAGGUCUCCAAUGAGUCCUGUAUCACCUAGUGGAAUUCUUAGUCCCAUGCCUUAUUCACCUGCAAGUCCCACUUCUCCACUAAUUGAUUAUACACCGACAUCUCCAAUAUAUGCAGUAAGAAGCCCAGCUUAUGGACAUGAAACUGAAGAGAGAACAAAAAAACGAUACAAAGCAAAUAUAGCAACAAGUGCCUACUCACCUACUUCACCCGUAUACUCUGGUGAUAAAGAUGGCGAUAGCUCGAGUCCUUUCAUGUCACCUACUUCUCCAGGAGUGGAGCCUUUAUCUCCUAAUUAUUCACCAACAUCUCCUAAUUAUUCACCAACAUCUCCUAAUUAUUCACCAACAUCUCCUAAUUACUCACCAACAUCUCCUCAUUACUCACCAACAUCUCCUCAUUAUUCUCCAACAUCUCCUCAUUAUUCUCCAACAUCUCCUCAUUAUUCGCCAACAUCCCCCAAUUAUUCCCCAACAUCUCCCCAUUAUUCGCCAACAUCCCCCAAUUAUUCCCCAACAUCUCCUCAUUAUUCGCCAACAUCCCCCAAUUAUUCCCCAACAUCUCCUCAUUAUUCACCAACAUCCCCCAAUUAUUCUCCUUCUUCCCCCCAUUAUUCACCAACCUCACCAAGUUACAAUCCAGCAUCUCCUAAUUAUUCACCUUCAUCUCCUCAUUAUAAUCCAGCAUCUCCAAACUAUUCUCCAUCUUCUCCUCAGUAUAAUCCUGCACUCCCAAACUACUCUCCAUCUUCUCCUCAGUAUAAUCCUACAUCUCCAAAUUAUUCCCCUUCUUCACCUAACUAUGUUUUGUCAAAUGGAAAUAUUGAUUCACCCCAAUACUCACCAUCUUCACCUCAUUAUGAUCAAUCAGUUGCUGCAUAUCAUCCGACUUCACCAUCAUAUACCAGCACAAAUAUGGCUGCUGAAGAAGCUGAAUAUUCACCAACAUCUCCCUUAGGAGGAACUACUAAGUCUCCAACUGAUUAA